CAUGCGCUUUGUCUGAAACAAGUUGAAAAACACAUUUAGCGUUAUUUGAGCGACAGAAAAGUUUAUGUUGCGUCUUUUUGGGCACCUAAUUAACUGAUUUAUUUUUAAACGUUUCUCCCUGCACCCCAUCCCCUUUAAUGUUAGCCGUGCUGUCUGUUGAGAUAUGCUUUUAUGCCCACCACAGUUAUACAAAGUUGUUAUCGGAGUUACUGUAGCCUUAUCAACUUGAUCCAGUCUGGCUAUUCUCCGUUUCCAUCUUUGCAAAUCCCAGCAGUUUAGCAGUUGCAGAAACACUCAAACUAAAAGUCUCAAAUGUUAUAUAUAUUUAUUACAUCUUUUUUAUAUUAGCAUGGCUUGGUUUACGUAUGUUACCAUUUUAAACAAUAAUAAAACAUAUAAACAAGUAAAAUAAAAUAAAAUCAACAAGUAAAACAAAAAAGUUUUGAGUAGACUACAUAUCAAAAAGUAGCCCUCCAGAUUUAUCCGGUGGUAGCCCUUGCUUACAAAAAGGUUGGAGACCCCUGAUCUAAAAACUGAUGAAUACAUUGAUCCAUAUUUUUCGAAUGGCUCUUACGAUACAUUGAUGUCGUCAUGCGCCAAUCGGUCUGCGCAGCGCCGAACAACGCAGUACAUGGGACUUUUAUUUUGUUAUGUUUUUGAGCUGAUGAUACAAAUCAAUUUCCGCGUUUGCGGAGCAUUGUUGUGCUUCUGGUCAGGCGACCAGCUGAGCAGACACACAAGGCGCUAAAUAUGGAUCACUCGGCAACAGAUUCAGAAACUGAAGAUCAUGGUCAGCCUUUACUACGUCAGAGAAGUACCGGUGACAUUCAGAAAGCUCCCGCCUGCUGUUCAUCACGCUAUGGACUGGCUUUCUUGUCUUGUUAUGGCUUCUUUGUGGUUUAUGCUCUCAGGGUGAAUCUUAGCGUGGCAAUGGUUGACAUGCUGAAAAACCACUCCAGUGCCAAUGCCAGCUCAUCUGUCUGUCCUCAUCACAGCAACCCUAUACCCAAACACAAUUAUACUGCUAGUGUAUAUGACUGGGAUUCAGCGACUCAGGGUUGGAUCCUGGGCUCUUUUUUCUAUGGUUAUAUAUUUACUCAGAUACCAGGUGGCUACUUGGCACGCAAGUAUGGUGCAAAGUGGCUUCUGGGUAUUGGCAUCCUUUGCACUGUGAUCUUUACUCUGUUGACUCCAUUGGCUGCUGAUCUAGGAGCUGGUUACCUAAUUGCUGUCAGAGUGCUUGAAGGAAUUGGGGAGGGGGUAUCGUAUCCUGCCAUGCAUGCAAUGUGGGCAUCAUGGGCCCCGCCUCUGGAAAGAAGUCGUCUGCUCACUAUUUCUUACGCAGGUGGUCAACUAGGAACUGUAGUGGCUCUCCCCUUGUCUGGCCAGAUAUGUUUUUACCUCGACUGGACAUAUGUCUUUUAUAUUUUUGGUGCUGUUGGUCUUGUCUGGUUUGUUCUUUGGACUUGCUUUGUCAGCAACAGCCCCAGCUCGCACAAAAGAAUAUCAGAGGCUGAAAGGACCUACAUAACAUCAUCUUUAAAAAAUGAACUGUCCCCAACUACAGACCGUAUCCCAUGGGCAUCAAUCUUCAAGUCCAUGCCCUUAUGGGCUAUAGUUGUGGCACACUUUUCUUUCAACUGGACGUUUUACACUCUGUUGACACUCUUGCCCACAUACAUGAAUGAUAUUUUGGGGUUCAGUAUACAACAGAAUGGAAUGCUGUCGGCUGUACCUUAUCUUGGAUGUUGGUGUCUGACUGUGAUGGGUGGACAGCUGGCAGACCUUCUGAGAGAGAGAUUUCAUUUUCGCACUGUGGUUGUCCGUAAAGCCUUCACUAUAGUGGGAAUGGUGGGACCAGCUGUUUUUCUGGUUGCUGCUGGUUAUACCAACUGUGACUACUUCUUGGCUAUUGCCUUCCUCACCAUCUCUUCAUCUUUAGGAGGGAUUUCAGCAUCUGGAUUUAACAUCAAUCAUUUGGACAUCGCUCCCUCCUAUGCUGGGGUAUUGCUUGGAAUCACAAACUCAUUCGCCACAAUACCCGGCAUGGUGGGUCCUGUCAUAGCACGAUCACUCACCAAAUCGAACACCAUUGCAGAGUGGCGAAUUGUCUUCUACAUCUCAGCGGCAAUCAAUGUAUUUGGAGCAAUUUUCUUCACAAUAUUUGGAAAAGGCACCGUCCAGCCUUGGGCUGUCCAGUGAAUAACACUGCCAAUACUUUAAGCCAUUUUCAAUAGGCCAAAGGGAAAAAUACUACAGGAAUUUCCAUAGAAAUUUUAAAGAAUAUUCCAUGUGGUUUGCACACUAAAAAUGUAUAUUGCACAAUGUUUUUUAUUAAUUUUAAUGAGACAAGAACAUCUCAAUUUGCUAUUUUGUUUACCUCACAGAUAUGUAAUCAUUUAAUAGACUAAACUAACUUGGGACUAAAAUGCAAAUAUAUGUGAAGGAAUCAUCUUAGUUCUUAUUGCCUUACUGUAUCAUUAUCAAAACAUUGAUUGUACUGUAACCCGUGCACAAUCAACGACUGCAUUUAAGGGACAUUUUGGUUGUAAUUUUGGCUGGUUACUUGAUUUUUAACUGAUUCAUGUUUAAAGUCUAUGUAAACUGUAAAUACUGUAUCUUGUACAAUAAAUAUACUGUAUAUUAAGUG